AUGGCCGUUUCUCGAUCCACUCUGCUGCUGGUUGCUCUUGUGGGCUUGGCUGUUGUCUGCUCGGCUCAAACACCUGCGCCCAAAACAACAACUUCACCCAAGACCGCCGUGGGAGCACCAUCUCCGCCCGCCGGGAAGGCGCCGCAGACGCCGUUCGACGAGGCGAUCCAGAAGCUCAACAAAUCGGGUUACACCAGCUUCGUCUCGCUCGUCAACGCAUACGGCAAGCUGAAGCAGGUCAAGGCGGCUCUCUCCAAGCCUCUCACCAUGCUGGUGCCUUCAAACGACGCCAUCGCCAAAAUCAAGAUCACCAGCUACAAGACAACCGAGCUGGCGGUGAUCGUCGGAUUCUCCGCCUUCAAGAAGGUGAUUCCCUCCGAUGCGCUCAAGAGCCUUCCCGUGGGCAGCAACAUCACGACUCUCGCGGUCACCAAGUCGGGCAAGCCAAUGACGCUGCAGAAGCUGGCGAACAACAAGAAGGGGCAGGUGGUGCUGCAGGGGAAGAAGGGUAGCGUCGUGACCCUCACCAAGCUCAACUUCUACGUCAAGCCGUCCGUACUCGUCGUGCACACCACGGAUGCUGUCGUCUUCCCCGACACGCUCAAGGGCGACGUUAUGUAG